UCGUUCAAUAUUAUGACGCUUGCGCUUUAGUUUCAAUUGAAAAAUUGUCGACAUUCAAUGAUAUAACUUUCGGCAAACGAUUUUUAAUCAUGAUGUCGGGAAUGGAAGUAGCGGCUAUUAUUAAUAAUUCAAAUUGUGCAUUAUGCACAUUAGGCCCACCGCCAGAUAUGAUACUUCGUCUUCCACCACCGCCCAUUCCCAGUUUUUUGCAACAAGGAUCCGAAUUUUUUACAGAUUCGGAAACUGUUAUUUUUCGAUCUCAUCAUAAUGACAGUCCUUGUAAACAUUUUUGCAAUUGGCGUUCCGAGGGUGUUCAAUAUAUCGAAAUUCCACAACAAGGGACCGUUUUCGACGAUACUUGGCUCUUAGUUCUUAUAUCAUCAUGUGUGGGGGUAAUUUGCAUUGGAAUAAUACUGGCAACUUUACUUCUUAAAUGCAAAUUUAAUGACACUGGAAAAAAUGGCGUUAUUUCGGUACCAACGGCAACAUCAGGAAUGCAAACAAAAGCGGGAAGACUUCAAAAUGAAGCAGUUUUAUAUCCAUGUACAACGGAGACAAUGCAAGACAGUCGUGUAAUGUGGGCGACACUCACUCCACGAGGCACAACGCGACAUUUUUUGGAGGAGCACACCUACGAAACAAUUGGAAAUGGCGCAUUUUAUAAUAAGCGCACCAAUGAGACCAAUGGCAAUGGAGCCUACUAUAAUAAACGUUCAUUUUCAACCAUUCCCACUGAACAUGUAAAACUCAAGACAUACGUUGAACCGCCCUUACCAUCACCAUCAUUAUCAUUAAAUCGACCAAAAGAUGACAAGGCAUUCGAUAAUACAGCAUUUGUUGAUUAUGAGGAGCCUCUAUCUGUUAAAAAUGAAUAUUAUCAAUUGGAUGAUGUUUUGGAACCAAAUGAUUCUGAAUUAUAUCCAAUGCAGAGAGGCACUCUUCGUCCACGCGUCAGUUCUCCAACAAGAAUUGAACAUCCAAAUUUACCACCUUUAAAUUUACAACCUCAUAAAUAUGGAACGCGAAAAAAUUCUAUUAAUCAACACACGUCAGAUACAUUAUCAAGAAAUGGUACACCUUCAACUUAUGUUCCUACAAUUUAAAUUAUUAAAAUUAUUUUUAUUUAUUUAUUUAUUUUUUUUUUAAUUUCACAAAGAAAGCUCAAUAGCUAUUGUGAAAAUUUUCUUCAUUCAUAUAAGCGAGGUUCUUUUUCAGUAUUAUUGUUGUCUUAUUUUGAAGACAAAAAAAAAGAAACUUAAUAUAGAAUAAAUGUAUAAAAAAAUAUAA